CGCUGUCAUUAGAAAUUUAAACUUAACGCAAACCCAAGCCGUCUUGCCCGGUGAACAGUGAACGGACUCGCAAGGACGAAAGUACUUUUUUGUUGUUUCUUUCAGUGCAUGAGGGCAUGAAAAACAAAACACUUUGGUGACAGUAUUUGCGCUGGAUACAGCAAUUGGGUUUUUUGGUUUGUUUUUGGGUUUUUUUCCUGAAUUAGACCCACCGUGGCUGAGCCUACCUUCUGCAUUUCCACUUGGAGUGUCAGUAUUCCUGCUGCACACAUCUGGCUUUUGUUCUCUUUUCAGGCAGGAUUUUCAUUCUGGUGCUUUUUGGAUAUCAAAGUUGUCUGGAAAACAUUUUUUUUUGUUAUUAUUACUGUUACAGGAAGGCUGAUACCAUUCUUAGCAGUCGCAAAAAAAAUAAUCCUAUAUGUAUAAAGCUGUCUUCAAAUAUCUUUUGUUUGCUAUAAGUUCCUGCAUUGCCUGUAAAAGCAAGUCUGUUCCGAGAAGACUUUAUCAGCUGGGCGCAGCGCUGGGAUUUUCGUUUUCCUGUUAAGAAGCUCGGGCAGGCUGGUGUGCUGAGACACGGGGACUCCUCUGAGCACGGAUGUGAGAGGUCUGGGGCUGUGGUGAGCCCAGGGUUCAUGGUGGGCUCUGCUCCCCUGCUCCCAGCUCUUUGGACAAAAUGUACGAACGCCACAAGAGGCGAUACAGCCUGUGCGACAUUUCCAAGGUGGACAGGACUGUAGAUGUUGUGUUGUUAAAGAUCAACCGUGGGAGCUGGUGUCCGCUGGAGCCAUGUCCCGACCCCUCCGGGCUGGAGCGCAAGCGCACGCGGGACUCUCCAGAAUGUGAAAACUUCUUGGAGGAUGGGCUGAGCAGCGUCUGUGCCUCGUCACAGGGUGGUCUUAAAAGAGAGUCUGGGAGUGAGUCUGACCUCUUCCCCUUGCCUGGUGAUGGGAUGGAAGACCUUGUCUUUGGGAAGCCUGAAGAGGAGCAGUCUGCCUGCGAUGUCACCAGCUCCAGCUCCUCUGCAGACGACACCGUGUCCCUGGAAAGGAACUCAUCCCUGGGCAGCGACACGUCCCUCCCCUUCCCACCCAUGGGGAGCUUCACCCAGCCCAAGGACAGGCACAGCCUGGAUGGCAGCUGCACCAACAUGGUGUGCUCAGAGGGAGGAGAGAAGGAAGAGGAGCUGGACAGCAUCACGGACGUGCCCGCUCCUUCCUCCGUCCUGCGCAGCUCCAUGCGGCCGCUGUCUCCUUUCCGCCGCCACAGCUGGGGGCCGGGCAAGAACGCCACCAACGAGGCAGAAAUCAAUCAGAGGAGUUCAAUGCGAAUUCUGGGGGAUGGUAUAAAGAAGCCUCCCAUUCAUAGGAGAAGUUUGAGCUGGUGUCCCUCAGGCGUACAGUACAUUGCCAUGGGUCCUGACUUUACUUGUAGAAGGUAUGGUAUGAAUAAACGUGCAGCAGCACAGGAGCUCUGCAAGCACCCUGUCAUCAGCUUCUCGUGCAUCGCCUCCUCCACUGCUGCUCUGGCUGAAGCGUGCACGUGUUUGUUUGCUUGGUCUGCUUUUUCAGCAACUACUCUUGGGAGAGGAUCCUCAGAGCUGGGCUGCAGGUGGAGGUGGUGGCUGCUUUCCAGUGGCCUCUGGCAUUACAGCCUAGAAGGCCUUGCUGGAGACUCUGGUGAGAACAAGAAGCCCUCUACAAACCUGGAGGCUUCUUCUCUGAGCUCCAAAGACCUCAGGAGGAGUCCACUUGCCAGCAAUCAGUCCCUGGUCCUGCUCACUGAGGAGCUCGAGCAAGGAGAAAUCAGAGACUACAACCACCAGGUGCAUCAGACAUCACAGCCACAAGGAUUUAACUUCUGUUCUUCUGCUGUUUCAUCUCCACUGACCAAAUCCGUGUCUCUAAUGUCAAUUAGCAAACCAGUGCUCGACACCCAGGGCCGGACUCGACCAUCGAGACGAAUCUCCUUCUCCUUCAGCAUCUCUCCACUCAUUCCUAAGUCUAAAACUCUCUUUUCUAUUGGCUCUUCUUCCAGUGAUGAGGAGGAGGAGUUGGAGAGUAAAAACAAGCCAGAAGGUGCGCAGUCGUUUGGCAGCUCCGUGGGCUCCUCAGUGCAGAGCAUAUCUGAAGAGAGCAGCAGUGUCUCCGCUGGUAAAGGUGUAACAAAAGUCAGCCGCACCUUCAGCUACCUCAGGAAUAAAAUGUCCAGCAGCAAGAAGAGCAAAGAAAAAGAGAAAGAUAAAGAGAAGACUAAAGAGAAGGACAAAGAUUCCAAGGAGAAGGAAAAAGAUAAGAAGCUGUUAAAUGGACAUCUCUUCACUGCAACCUCCGUUGUAGCCCAAGCAACCUGUUACCACUGUAUGAAGCCUUUCAAUAAGGAUUCGUACUACUGUGCAAACUGUAAUGCAAUUGUUCACAAAGGCUGUAAGGAGAAUUUUGCUUCUUGUGCAAAGGUCAAAAUGAAGCCACAGAGAGGGAUGCUGCAGGCACAUGAUACCUCUUCGUUACCCACAGUAACCAUGAGAAACAAAAGCUCGCAGCCGAAGGAGCGCCCGCGCUCCGCCAUCCUCACUCCCGACGAGAGCACCGUCACCUCCACCUUCAACAACAGGAGAUCACAGCAGCCCACUGCACUCUCCAAAAGUGUCUCCAUACAGAACAUUGCAGGAGUUGGGAACGAUGACAGCUUAAUACACACUUGGAAAUUCCUGUCGCAGUCAACAGACUCUUUACAUAAAAUCAGCCGGGUUAAUGAAUCCAUGGAGUCACUGGUUGAUGAAGGUGCAGACAUGAAUGAAGGACAGCUCAUGGGAGACCUGGAAUUAGAUUCCAAGCAGCUGGAGGCAGAGUCCUGGAGCCAAGUAGUGGACAGCAAGUUCCUACAGCAGCAGUACAAAGAUGUUGUCAAACGGCAAGAUGUGAUUUACGAGCUAAUGCAGACGGAAAUGCACCACGUCCGUACGCUGAAGAUCAUGAACGAUGUGUACAGUGCAGCCAUGUUAAAGGAGCUGCAGUUCGAUCAGCAAGCCGUGGACAAGCUCUUUCCCUGUCUGGAAAACUUGCUGCACAUCCACAGUCAGUUUUUCCAGCGGAUUCUGGAAAGGAAGAAGGAGUCACUGGCAGACAAAAGUGAAAAGAACUUUGUUAUCAGGAGGAUAGGUGACAUCCUAGUGAAUCAAUUCUCCGGGGAGAACGCUGAGCGAAUGAAGAAAACGUACGGCAAAUUCUGCGGGCAUCACAAUGAGGCUGUCAAUUACUUCAAAGAGCUUUACUCAAAGGACAAGCGCUUUCAGGCAUUUGUCAAGAAAAAAAUGAGCAGCUCCCUGGUGAGGCGUCUUGGGAUUCCGGAAUGUAUCUUGUUGGUAACACAGAGAAUCACAAAGUACCCAGUCCUUUUACAAAGGAUACUGCAAUACACCAAAGAAAAUGAAGUGGAACAUGAAGACUUGACUCAGUCAUUAAACCUUGUUAAAGAUGUGAUUGCUGCAGUCAAUAGCAAAGUCAGCAAGUAUGAAAAGAAAAUGCGUCUUGAGGAGAUUUACAACCGGACGGACAACAAGUCCAUCAUGAGGAUGAAGAGUGGCCAGAUGUUUGCAAGAGAGGACUUGAUGCAUCGGAAGCUCAUCCGAGAUGGGCCUGUUUCACUAAAGAACUCAGCUGGCCGGUUAAAAGAAGUCCAGGCUGUUCUCCUCUCUGACAUGCUCGUGUUCCUUCAGGAGAAGGACCAGAAGUAUGUCUUUGCUUCACUGGACCAGAAAUCCACUGUGAUCUCUCUGAAGAAGUUGAUCGUACGAGAAGUGGCUCAUGAAGAGAAGGGUUUGUUCCUGAUCAGCAUGGGUGGAAAGGAUCCUGAGAUGGUGGAAGUCCAUGCCAGCUCCAAAGAAGAGCGCAAUGGCUGGAUACAGAUCAUUCAGGACACAAUGCACACCAUGGAUAGAGAUGAAGAUGAAGGAGUCCCUUGUGAGUCUGAGUUUGAAAAGAAAUUGUCCGAUGCAAAAGUGAGAGGACUGAAAGAACAACUUCAGCAGAAGGAUAAACAGAUCCUGCUCUUGCUGGAGGAGAAGACGAAGAUCUUUCAGGACAUGGCAGACAGUUCUGUGCAGGAGGAGGUGCCAGACUCCAGGCUGCUCUUCAGAGCCAGCACAGAAGAGGCUCCAAAAGGAGAGACAAUCAUGAAAACGGCAAUAGAUGAAGUUGAACUGCUGCAAGACCUGGUGAGCAGAAGCCUGGGCACUGCCCUAGGACAGCAAGUCAGCAGCACUGCCAUGGAUCAGGAGGGAGGAGUUGGCCCUAUCUCACUCCCUAGAAGGGCAGAAACUUUUGGAGGAUUUGACAGUCAUCAGAUGAACGCCUCCAAGGGUGGAGCGAAAGAUGAAGGCGAUGAUGCUCAGGACCUUCGGAGAACAGAGUCAGACAGCAUUUUAAAGAAGGGUGGAAAUGCUAAUUUGAUGUUCAUGCUGAAAAGGAAUAACGAGCAGGUCCUCCAAACCAUUACCAGCCUCCAUAAGCUGCUCAGUGCUUUGCAGGGCGUGGUGCUGCAGCAGGACACCUACAUCGAGGACCAGAAGCUGGCUCUGAGCGAGAGGGCUCUGAGCAGGAGCUUCUCCCGGCCCACCUCGCUGCUGGAGCAGGAGAAGCAGCGCAGCCUGGAGAAGCAGCGCCAGGAGCUGGCCAACCUGAAGAAGCAGCAGACGCAGCACCAGGAGGAGCGGCGGAGGAGGGAGAAGGAGUGGGAGGUGCGGGAGAAGGAGCUGGCAGAGCGCGAGGCCGAGCUGGCGCAGCGCGAGGAGCAGGUGCAGAGGCAGCGGCAGGAGCUGGAGCGCGAGCGCGAGGAGCUGCAGGUGAGGAAGGCGGCCUACCAGCUCGACCUGGAGAGGCUCCGCACGGCGCAGAAGCAGCUGGAGAGGGAGAAGGUGCAGCUGAAGCAGGACGUGGAGAGAUUUGCUCAGAUGCGGCAGGAGCCUGACCACAACCAGGUUUCAAAUCUACAUGAGAAACUUGCAAGAGUCUCCUCCCAGUCCAGCAUUGAUGAAUCCUCCAUGCAGAAGAACCCUUCCCUUCCUAAACAAGGGCACUUUGAUGCAGAACUUUCUGUCUCCCCCAAAAGGAACAGUCUUUCAAGGACACACAAAGAGAAAAGCACUUUCCAUUUGCUUAGCACAACAAACCAGACUAACAAGGCAGCUGAGGAACAGACCCAGAUGCCUACUCGCCUCUUCAGUUUAGCCAAACCAAAGGAGAAGAAGGAAAAGAAGAAAAAGGGCAGGGGACAUCGCUCCCAACAGUCUGAUUCUCACUCAUCAGAAGCACCUCCAGAGGGUGAGGAGAUCUUCUGCUGAACAUGGACUAUUCCAGUGGUCACUCGUGGCAUUGGCACCAUGGACAUCUCCCUGCCUGUGACACAGCACGCGGCUGGUGCCUGCGCUGGACAAGCAUCUGGAGGUUUUAAAUAAAAAAACUUCUGAAGUCUGCUAAG